GGGGUAGAGAGUCUCCGUCGGGAAACGUGGUGUUGCUUCCUGGGUGUGAAAGUGCUUUGAAACUUUAGGUUUCUGUUCCUUUCCCCCUGGCUUUUGAAGAACAGAGUGUAAGAUGGAGACCGAGUCCGGGGCGCAAACAUCAAAUCAGAGGCAAACAGAUUCAUUAUCUCCAUCCCCUAAUCUUGUGUCACCUGUGCCUUUAAAUAACCCAAGGAGUGCCCCAAGAUAUGGAACAGUGAUCCCUAAUCGCAUCUUUGUAGGAGGAAUCGACUUUAAGACAAAUGAAAAUGAUUUAAGAAAAUUUUUUUCCCAGUAUGGGUCUGUAAAAGAAGUGAAGAUUGUAAGUGACAGAGCUGGAGUGUCCAAAGGGUAUGGCUUUGUCACUUUUGAAACACAAGAAGAUGCACAAAAAAUUUUACAUGAGGCUGAAAAACUUAAUUACAAGGAUAAGAAACUGAACAUUGGUCCAGCAAUAAGAAAACAACAAGUAGGGAUCCCUCGUUCCAGUAUAAUGCCAGCAGCUGGAACAAUGUAUCUAACAACUUCAACUGGAUAUCCUUACACUUAUCAUAAUGGUGUUGCUUAUUUUCAUACUCCAGAGGUAGCUUCUGUCCCACCACCUUGGCCUUCACGUUCUAUAUCUAGUUCCACUGUGAUGGUAGCUCAGCCCGUUUAUCAGCAACCUGCAUAUCACUACCAGGCCCCUGCACAGUGUCUACCAGGUCAGUGGCAGUGGGGUGUUCCUCAGUCUCCUGCCUCUUCUGCUCCAUUCUUAUACCUGCAACCUUCUGAGGUUAUUUAUCAACCAGUGGAAAUUGCACAGGAUGGUGGAUAUGUUCCUCCUCCACUGUCUCUGAUGGAAGCUUCAGUUCCAGAGCCUUAUUCUGAUCAUGGAGUUCAAGCAACAUAUCACCAGGUUUAUGCUCCAAGUGCCAUUGCUAUGCCUGCACCUGUGAUGCAGCCUGAACCAAUUAAAGUAAGAAGUUUGUUUUGA